AUGGCCUCCACGGAGGACUCCAAAUGCCCCGCGGGGCUCGAGGAGCGGAGACGCAGCCCGCUGGAUCAGCUGCCGCCGCCGGCCAACUCCAACAAGCCGCUGACGCCGUUCAGCAUCGAGGACAUCCUCAACAAGCCGUCAGUGAGAAGGAGCUACUCCCACGUGUCUCCCAGAGAGAAGCUGCCCACGGUGGCGCACAGCCUGCCCGGCCGCGCGCUGCUCAGCCAAACGUCCCCGCUGUGCGCGCUCGAGGAGCUGGCCAGCAAAACCUUCAAGGGUCUGGAGGUCAGCGUGCUGCAGGCUGCAGAGGGCCGAGACGGCCUGACGCUGUUCGGCCAGAGGAACACCCCUAAGAAGCGGCGGAAGUCUCGCACAGCCUUCACCAACCACCAGAUCUACGAGCUGGAGAAGCGCUUCCUCUACCAGAAGUACCUGAGCCCGGCGGACCGGGACCAGAUCGCCCAGCAGCUCGGUCUGACCAACGCUCAGGUCAUCACGUGGUUCCAGAACCGGCGCGCAAAGCUCAAACGUGACCUGGAGGAAAUGAAAGCGGACGUGGAGUCAGCGAAGGCCGUGGGAGCCGUGGCCUUCGAGAAGCUCUCCAAACUGGCCGAGCUGGAGAAGUGCGCGGCUGGGGUCAUAGGAGGAGGGGGGCCUGUUUCAGUGCCAGGCCUCACCGAGCAGGACUCUGUCCCCUCCAAGGCCGAGCACGACACCACCGAGAGCCUCGAGUCCAGCAGGGCGCACGCGUCGCCCUCCUCGCCGGCGUCGUCCUGGUACACGGACCGGCAGAGCAGCAAGUGCUGCUCGGAGGACGAAGAUGAGGAGAUUGAUGUGGAUGACUAG